UUGUGUGGGGGUACGUGGCUAUAAAGGAGCACAAGAAGUUAGAUCGUCCUUGCUUCUUCUUCUGCUACUGCCCCUGCUGCUACUGCUAGCUAUACGUCCUUGUUAAAUUAUUCGGGUCGGAUCGAUCGAUUUAGAUUUUCAGUUUCCCCAUCAGAAACAAUAUGAGAAACACCUUCUUCCCCAUCACCAAAACUAUAAAAACAGAGUGAAUAACAUCUUCGUUUCUCAUCUAUCAAUAUCAUCAGCUAGUAAAUAGCAGCUCUAGAGAGAUGGUGGGGUUGAGUAUUAUACUCGAAUCUCAUCACCACCAUCAUCAUAAUAAUCAACACUCUUACCACCACCAUCAAACUGGUGGUGCUGGUACCAAAAACCCACAGGUUAUUAACAAAACUACUAAGAUCAAACCUUCUUCUUCUCCUAACAGCUGUUUGCAUUCUUCUUCUUCUUCUUCUUUUUCAUCCUCUUCUUCUUCUUCUUCUUCUUCCUCAUCAUCAUCAAUCAAUUUUCUUGAAGCGUGUUCUCUGUGCGAUCAGAGACUCUUACCCGGCAAAGACAUCUAUAUGUACAAAGGAGACAGAGCAUUUUGUAGCGAGGAGUGCAGAUGGAGACAGAUAUUAAAGGAUGAUGAAGAGACUAGUAAGACCAACAAACAAUACUCCAUGAAACCCACUUCAUCAUCUUCUUCUCGUCGUUCAGGCAAAUCGUCAUCAGGAAACAAGCAGAAUCGAGCUGGUGGUGGUGCUGGUUUUGUUUACUAGAAAGAAAAAAAAAUUAAAAAGAGAGACAGGAAGAACAAAAAUGUAUGGAUCUUCCCAUUUCGCCCUUCAUUUUCCUUUCUAAUUUUGUCUUCUCUCGCCCGAGAGUUUGGAGCUUACCUUUUUCUCAUGUAAGGGUAUUUUUGGUGAUUCCAAUGCUAUGUUUCUUUAAUCUUGAUUAGUUUUUACUUAAUUAUGUGCGCUGUAUGUUUUGGAUAA